AAAACGAGUGUGCAGUGUACUCCAUUUGAUCCUAUUUCGCCUGCAAGUUCCAAACAUUUCCAGGAAUAUGAAGAUUUCCGUCGCGGUUGGAUUAUUGUGCCUGGUCGGUCUGUCGGUCUGUUAUCCGGCACAGCCCAAUGAAGGUCCCUUUGAACGACGCAACUUGCGGAAGAAGAAUGUGGUUAGCGGACCUCGUGAAGAUUUCCGCAGCCGCCAGUCUGAGCCACUUCAACCAGAGUACCUGACAUCUAAGCCCAAGAAAACCAGCCAAUACACUCCUCUAGGCCCCAGUGUCCUCGACCGCGAGUCCUCCCCUCAGGAGAGCUUCGUCAGACCCGUUUUAACGCAAAAACGCAAGCCUAUCAGUCCAGUUAGACCAGCAGCCGAGAAGUACGUCGCCGAGGCCAGCAACACCUACGGUGACAGCAGUUACGACGAUUCCCAUCUUAAAUUCGAACAGGGAGUUCAGAAUAGCGCCGCUUCUUACAACAGUGAUCAGGGAGUGAAGGAUGGCCGCGUCCAAUUCUCCAUCGCCGGCCAACAGGGACCCAACAGCUACCGUUUCGGUUACGACACCGGCAAAGGACCCGAUCGUACUUUCCGUAUCGAAGAACGUGACGCUGCUGGUAUCAUCCAUGGUCGCUACGGAUUCUACGAUCCAUCUGGCAAAUUCCGCAUCGUCAACUAUUCGGCUCAUCCUGAGCACGGAUUCGCUAUCGUUUAAACGUGUUUAGCAAAACUUCCCGGCCGGAGGGUAACUACAUCGACGUCUGCUGAAUUUCUUAUAAGUUACUCGUUUUCUUCAUUAAAUGUUUGUUGUCGUUGGUAUAGCUGUGCUACGCCAAUCGAAUUUUUGUUUUUCGAAUACACCCUUCUCUUGAUGAGAAGUUAAAAACCUAA